AAUUUGCCCAAAGGAGGGCGGGCUUUCAUUUGAUUGCGAUUCAAACAAAUCAAUCUCCUUGACGAUCGGGGAUUUCUUUUUCUUCCUUGGGUUCUUUUUCCCAUGAUUUUCCUUUUCCAAGUCAUGUUGGAGGACCAAAUAUAUAUGUUUUACAAGAUCCGCAGGUAACUGCUGUGGCUUAAUCAAUGGGAAAUUGCUGCAAAUCGUCCUCCAAAACCGGAUUUAAAAACAAACAAUCAACAACAAGUCCACUCGCAAGCGGAAAGGUUGCCCUUAUAGAAACCCUAGAAAAAUGGGAAGAAAAACUAUCCGAAGCAAACAGAAGAGGGAAGAUGGUUGUGGUGAAUUUUAGUGCAUCUUGGUGUAGUCCUUGUAGGGUGAUAGCGCCUGCAUUCUCCAGUCUUGCUGCUAAAUAUGAGUCACUUGUGUUCUUGACUGUGGAUGUUGAUGAGCUGUCUGAGUUUAGUGCAUCAUGGGACAUUAAAGCCACGCCGACUUUCUUCUUCCUUAAAGAUGGGAGACAAGUAGAUAAACUUGUAGGGGCAAAUGUGGAAGAGCUUAUAAACAAGACGGAAGCUUUUGCUGCUGCUAACUAUCAACAAAGAUGAAGAAAUUAAAAAAAAAAAAAUUUACUUGGUUUUUAUAUUGAUGAUUUACUAAAUCUGUGUGUAUUUGUUGUAGGAAUGAGAGUUGUA